GCAGAGGCGCACCGUGCACGAGCCAGGAGCACUAGGAUCCUCCGCCUGCUCCUGCGAAGUGUCUUUCUCACUGCCUCGACCUCACAAACAGCAACAGUGCAGAGGAGCAGCAGAGGGGCUAUGACUUGCAAGUGAGGGUAGCUUUUGUAAGUGUGAACUGCAGGAGGAUCCUCGAUUUAUCCCGCUAAGAUGAGUAAAGACUCUCAAAGCCUGCGCCAGCUCGCGGCGGCGGCGCUGCUCUUCCUCAGCCUGUGCGUCGCGGUGCAGCGGUCCGAGUCUGCGGCUUGCCAUGGAUGUGUAGGAUCCAAAUGCGACUGCAGUGGAGUUAAAGGAGGAAAGGGUGACAGGGGCUUCCCAGGUCUCCCAGGACAACCUGGAGUCCCGGGGUUCCCAGGACCUGAGGGACCAAACGGACCCAGAGGAGAGAAGGGAGGUGAUGGGCCUCUAGGACUAUCUGGUCCAAAAGGAAUUAGAGGCCCGUCUGGGUUGCCAGGAUUCCCAGGAACGCCAGGACUUCCGGGUCUACCAGGACAGGACGGCCCCCCAGGACCAAGAGGAACAGCGGGUUGUAAUGGGACAAAGGGUGAAAGGGGUCUCCCAGGAAAUUUAGGACUCAAUGGACAGACAGGUCUCCCGGGUCCACCUGGUCUGCCAGGAGAAAAGGGAGACCCAGGUGAUGUGAUUUCCACCAAUCGUUUUGGAGAGAAAGGAUCGGUAGGAUUGCCUGGAUUACCUGGAACUCCUGGUAUUCCCGGUAAUGCAGGUUUACAAGGUCCAAGUGGCCCUGCUGGACCAAGAGGCUAUGAUGGUCGUCCAGGUCCUCCUGGUCCCCCCGGACCAAAGGGAAACAUGGGACUGAACUUCCAAGGACCUAAAGGAGAAAAGGGUCAGCCAGGUACCGAAGGCCCUCCUGGUCCUCCAGGACAGGUCGGAGAACAGAAGAGGCCCCCAGAGACGGAGAUUCAGAGAGGAGACAAGGGUGACCGAGGAUAUCCUGGUUCUCCAGGUGAUCCAGGCUUUCCAGGACAACCUGGUUCCUCUGGUGGAGCGAAAGGUGAUAAGGGAGAACCAGGAGAGGCAGGCAAACGAGGAAAACCAGGAAAAGACGGGGAUCCAGGUGCUCCAGGAUUCCCUGGAAUCAAAGGAGACUCAGGCCUUCCAGGUCUUCCAGGCCGGGAUGGAGACAGAGGACAAAAAGGUGAACUUGGAUACCCAGGUCCUCCAGGAGCGGUAUAUGGAGAUAAUAAUAAUGGAGGUCGGGGCGGCGGCGGCGGUCAAAAGGGCGACCCCGGGAUUCCUGGAUCACCUGGAAGUAAAGGAGAAAGAGGACCACAAGGUUUAUCAGGACCUCCAGGAGUGCCAGGACGCCCGGGCGGCGGAGGCGGUGGUGGGACUGGAGCUCCAGGCUUCCCGGGAGACAAGGGUCAGAAAGGAACCUCAGGCGAGCCCGGCAUCUCUCUGCCAGGUCCACCAGGAAGGUCAGGAGCUCCUGGGGACCGUGGUCAGCAGGGACUCCCCGGACCUCCGGGCUAUUCCUCCUCAGGACAAAACUGUGUUAACGGGUCGCCUGGGCGCCCUGGGGGGCAGGGAGAAAGAGGUUACCCUGGCGAGCAGGGGCAGAAAGGUGAUAAGGGCGACACCUGCUUCAACUGCAAUGGAGGAAGCAAUGCUGUCCCCGGAUCCUCAGGACCUCCAGGACCACCCGGAUUCCCUGGAUCUCCUGGCGCUCCAGGUAACAAGGGAGACAGAGGAUUCCCAGGAACACCUGGUUCUGUCGGUUCUCCUGGAAGCUCUGGUCCUCAAGGUCCCCCAGGUUUCCCUGGAGAGAAAGGAGAUCCAGGCCAGGCCAUCUCAGCCUCCGGUCAGAGAGGAGAGAAGGGAGACACUGGCUUCCCUGGAUCCCCCGGUCAGCCCGGUCUGGAUGGUCGACCCGGCCGUGACGGAACCCCCGGAUCUCCUGGUCCCAAGGGAUCUCCUGGUGCUCUGCAGGUAAAAGGAACACGAGGGGCCCCAGGUGAGCCAGGUGUCCCUGGCUUCCCUGGAGACAGAGGCCCAGCAGGGGCCCCUGGCUACGGACCUCCAGGUCCAUCAGGAGACAAAGGUGUGCAGGGCGUUGCCGGAAGACCUGGACCUUCUGGAAUACCAGGUGCCAAAGGUGAACCAGGUCUGGCAGUGGCAGAGAAAGGUUUACCGGGACCCAGAGGACAGGAUGGUCAGCCAGGAUCCCCUGGUACCGCAGGUUCCCCAGGCCAGAAUGGUCAGCCUGGUUUCCCUGGUUCACCAGGAGGGAAGGGUGACCCCGGACUCCCAGGCAUUGGACUCCCAGGUCCCCCUGGAGUGAAAGGAUUCCCAGGUAUUUCCGGGCAGCCGGGUGCUCCUGGAGAACCAGGCAGACCAGGAGUAGAUGGACUCCCCGGCUCCCCAGGGUUCGGGGGACCCAAGGGUGAUCCUGGCUUUGGACAGCCUGGUUCUCCUGGUUUACCAGGAAUACCUGGAGCUAAAGGAUUUUACGGACCAAAGGGAGAUUCCGGUUUCCCUGGCUCCCCUGGUCAACCUGGACGAUCUGGAGUAGAUGGAGGCCCUGGACAAAAAGGUGACGCUGGAAUACCUGGCAUCCCUGGCGGUCGUGGGCCACCUGGAGCUCCCUCCAUUGGCGCAGUUGGGCCCCCAGGCCCUCCUGGACCUCAAGGCGCACUAGGACAACCAGGAUUCCCUGGUGGAAACGGAGCAAAGGGAGACCCUGGUGUUCCCGGUCGAGACAUCCAGGGUCCACCAGGAGACAGAGGAAGUCCAGGUUUCCCAGGUUCCCCAGGAGGAAUUGGACCCGCAGGAGCCCCUGGAGGACCCGGUCGGGAUGGCUUCCCUGGAGGGCCAGGUCUGAAGGGUGACAUGGGUCCCAUGGGACCACCAGGACCAGGUGGUGGACCUGGCGGCCCAGGAGGACCCGGUGGUCCAGGAGCCAAAGGAGAACCAGGAUUCCCAGGUAGAGAUGGUUCACAAGGUCCCUCUGGAGCCAAAGGAGAGAGGGGACAAUCCGGAGCCCCUGGACCCCAGGGUAUAAGUCAGCCAAUAGCGGCUAUAAAGGGAACCAAAGGAGAUCUUGGACAACCAGGUGCAUCAGGUUUCCCAGGGCAGAAAGGAGAACGUGGUGUCUCAGGUGAACCUGGGCUGCCAGGAUCGGACGGACGUCCCGGAACACCAGGACCAGCGGGUCUUAAGGGUGAAGCUGGGAUCCCAGGAGGCCCAGGAGGUCCUGGAGCUCCAGGACUCAAAGGCACCAUUGGAGACAUGGGAAUUCCAGGACCAACGGGGCAAAAGGGUGAAUCAGGUAUUCCAGGAAGGUCAGGAGGCCCAGGUUCGCCAGGAGGGCCUGGCUUCCCUGGAGCCAAAGGAGAACCUGGUUCAGCCGGUGUUGGACCACCAGGAGUACAAGGACCAAAGGGAGACGCAGGUUCACCAGGAUACCCAGGCGGUCCAGGACAGAAGGGAAGCCCAGGACCAUCCGGUCUCCCAGGAGGUCCAGGAGGUCCAGGCUUCAAAGGCGACCCCGGUCUCCCAGGAUUCCAAGGUUCCCCCGGUAUCCCCGGCGCAAAGGGUCUUGACGGUGGUCCCGGUGCUCCUGGGCUACCUGGAUCUGCAGGUAGACCAGGAGAGUCCGGUCGACCAGGAGGACCUGGACUGCCUGGGGACAAGGGUCAGGCGGGUCGGGAUGGAAUUCCAGGACCAGCCGGAGUCAAAGGAGACCCAGGUCUUCCCGGUUAUGGUGGUCCUGGUACUCCAGGAAUUCCAGGGGGUCCAGGUGCCAAGGGAGAGCCAGGUCUUCCUGGUCCCUCUGGUAGUCCUGGUUUCCCCGGUAGUAAGGGAGAUGGCGGCUUCCCAGGAUCUCCAGGCCCUCCAGGGAAUUCAGGUCCUCAAGGGUCUCCAGGACCAGCUUACCAGGGCCCUAAAGGGCUCCAAGGACCCCCUGGACCACCUGGAAGAGGAGGUUCACCUGGCCCACAAGGUGCCCGUGGACCCCCAGGAAGUGGCGGCCUUAAGGGAGACAAGGGAAUUCCAGGCUCUCCAGGCCAGCCUGGCUUCCCGGGAAGUAAAGGAGACCCUGGUGUUUCAGGAUUACCGGGCUCCCCUGGUUUCCCUGGCGGCUCCGGAGGCAAAGGAGACGUUGGACUGCCUGGUGUCCCAGGAUUCCCUGGACAAAAAGGAGACCCAGGUUCCCCCGGUGCAUCCGGCCUUUCUGGAGAUCCUGGUGAUGUUGGAGCACCUGGUCUUCCUGGUGACAAUGCGGUACCUCCACCUCCCUACACUGUGAAAGGAGAUCCAGGAAUCCCUGGAUCUCCAGGCGGCCCUGGUUCUCAGGGAGCACCCGGUUCCCCUGGACGUGACGGAUCCCCUGGCGGGCCUGGUGGUCCUGGAGAUCCUGGUUCUGAAGGUCCUCCGGGUUUCAGUGGCGCUCCUGGCAGAAAGGGUGACAACGGACCUGCUGGUCAGCCUGGUGGUCGUGGGUUCCCCGGCCCUCCUGGUUCAGACGGGCCACAGGGCCCGCCCGGUCUUCCUGGAUCGGUCUCUGCAGCUCACGGCUUCCUCAUCACCAGGCACAGCCAGACCGGGGAAGUGCCCUACUGUCCCGAUGGAACCUCCCCGAUCUACGAUGGGUAUUCUCUGCUGUAUGUUCAGGGCAACGAGCGGGCGCACGGACAGGACCUCGGCACAGCCGGCAGCUGCCUGCGCAGAUUCAGCACCAUGCCCUUCAUGUUCUGCAACAUCAACAAUGUCUGCAACUUCGCCUCCCGUAACGACUACUCCUACUGGCUGUCCACACCGCAGCCCAUGCCCAUGUCCAUGGCAGUCAUCACUGGGGAGAGCAUCAAGCCCUUCAUCAGCAGAUGCUCGGUCUGUGAAGCUCCAGCCAUGGUGAUCGCAAUCCACAGUCAGACAAUCCAGAUCCCCAGUUGCCCUAGAAGCUGGGAACCACUAUGGAUUGGAUACUCCUUCAUGAUGCACACCAGCGCCGGGGCCGAGGGCUCCGGUCAGGCCUUGGCCUCCCCUGGAUCCUGCCUGGAGGAGUUCCGCAGCGCUCCGUUCAUUGAGUGCCACGGCAGAGGGACGUGCAACUACUACGGAAACUCCUACAGCUUCUGGCUGGCCACCGUGGAGGAGGGCGACAUGUUCAGGAAACCCCAGUCAGAGACCUUGAAGGCGGGUAACCUACGGACACGCGUCAGCCGCUGCGUGGUCUGCAUGAAGAGGACGUAACGGCACACGGCAACGAGCAGAGCCACCGUUGCCAGCGGGACGCCCAAUCAAGAACAUGAGAGAAUUGGCUCACGUGAUGGGGGGAAGUCAUCGGCCCCGGCUGUCGGCAUGGUGUCAAGAUGCAAUUCCAAUGAUGCAUUAUCUUCCGGCAAUAUAAACAAUCUCCAAAAAAAAAAAACACAAAAAAAACCAAUGGUGCUACUGUGCAACACAGCUUAAAAAAAAAAGAAAAAAAAGAGAAAAAAAAACUGACAUAACAAAUUCUUACAUUUAGUCUUUUUUUUUUUUUUUCUUAAGAAGUACCUCAAAUUGAAAGCAGAGAAAAAAUCCACUAAAUGGUGCCAUGAUGGAUGUGUGACAACAAAAGUGCUUUUUCUUCAGUCUUUUCACCUUUUCACCCAAAAGAAUCAUUGUGUUCUUUCUCUCUUUCUGAAAUCACGAUUGAUGCAUCAGUGCAACAAAUCUGUGAUACUUUUUGUCAUUUUUAUUUUAUCUUAUUUUUUUUUUUUUUUGCCUUAUCAAUGAGUGAAUGGUCUCCACGGUUACCAAAUCGGCACUUUGACUUCGGAACAUCCAGGAUGAGAGAUGCACUGAUGAUGAGCUUUCCUUAGUGAGACUGACUGCCUUUUUUACUGCUAGUUCUUCAUUCACACGCUCCUUCCUCUGUCGCUCUGUCACUCUCCCAUUCAACGUUACAUUGGGUUGUACUAAUCCCGCUGUAGCCCGCCCGCUAACCACUACCUUACACCGUCUUCCUCCCACUUCUUAUUUUGUAAGUAAUGAAAUGUGUAUAUUGUGUAAAACACCUUUUUAGUGUAGUAGGUCUUGAAUCAGUACCAGCUGUUUGUUAUGACUAUUUUUCCAGGUUCUCUUUAGCUCAUACGCUCACACAUGCACACACACAUAUUACUUGAUCACUCACUGACGCACGUCAACUCAGAUAUUGUACAAAGUAAGGCUUUUAUGAAUGAAACAGUAUUUUAUAUAUAAUAAAUAUAUAUUUGAAAAAAAAGAGGAUAAAAGUAUAAACUUUAUUUGGUUGUGGGGGAGAUUGUUCUCGGUGUUCAACCACAUAACAGUCAUGCAUUUCACAGAAAAAUAAAACUAACUACUGACCACAGAAAGAGCCAUUUUUCCCUCAAAUGCAGCAGUCUUGUAUGAUAUUAACAAUAUCUCAUGAAACUUUUGUAUUCAAUUUGUAGAAUGGUUAAAUGCUAAAGUCAAGUAAAGGGGGUUUGCUUUGUAGUUACUCUAGUGUUUUAGGAACGUAACAUAUCUGUAUGGAGAUGGAUUUGGAUUAAAGCUUGGCUACUCGAUGAGAAAACCGCAACAAAUGUUUUGUGUCCUUUACAUUUCCAGGUGCUGGGCAUUGCUGUAAAAAAGAGCUCCUCAGGGUUUUGGGUUCUGCUUGUUUUGUUCACCCAAAAUCUUUCAAACCCACUAGUGUACCCCGGCUCGAUUUUUUUGUUCUUUCUUUUUAUUUUUUUUUUAAAACUGAUUCGAGCGUUUACGCUUUUCAAACACAGGAUUGCUGCGUUUGUAUAUUCAAAUCAGGUCCCCGGUGUGACGUCUUCCUCGCAUCAGGCGGGAGCCCUCCUGAUGUACUGUAAGUCUGCGAGAGCUGGUAUUUUUCUUUUUUAUAAGGGGAAGGAAAUAUUUUUCCUGUGAUUUUAUUGUUAUUUUUAUUUUUCAGAACUGCUUUUAUGAUUUCUCAUGUUGUCAACCUGGGGUACGAUUAAAAAAAUGUUUGUUUUUUUCUGUUUUGUUUUCAUGUUAUGUUACUCAGAAGUUGUUAUAAACUUUUAAGACUGAAAUAAAUACUAUGUCCAACAUC